AUGGACUACAUCAAGAGACACAUGGAGCAGGACCCAGCCUCAUCAUUAGGUAGCCAUUCCGGGUCAGAGGAGGAGGACUUCUUUGGCCUUAUGAAGGGACAUGUCCAAGAAACCACAAAACAGCUGGAUGCCUACCUGGCCAACUCGGCUACCUCCAUGGACAAUCUAAACCCAGCAAAGAGGCCGCAGGUUCUGGGGGUUUACUCCCCGCUGACGUGGUCGAGUGGAGCGGGGCCGGCGCGGUCCAAACGGGACAGCCGACGCAAGACGCAGAUCCAGAAGCGUCUGGCGAUCUUUGAGAAAACAUUCAUGGAUGAUGAGUUAAAUGUUACAUACAUAUCUCUUAACGGGUAUGUGGAAGUUAAAUACAGAUAUGUUUAUUUUCUGAUUAUAUUUACAGUUUAUAUUCUAAUAAUCUGCAGUAAUUGUACUAUAAUUUUCCUUAUCGUGAUUCACAGAAACCUCCAUGAGCCGAUGUACAUUUUCAUUGCAGCUUUGCUAAUGAACUGUGUCCUUUACAGCACUAAUAUUUACCCAAAGCUUCUGACUGACUUUUUGUCAGAGAAACAGAUCAUAUCAUAUUCAGCCUGUGUCUUUCAGUUUUUUCUAUUUUAUUACUCAGGCGCCUUAGAGUUCUUACUGUUGUCAGCCAUGGCCUAUGACAGGUAUUUGUCUAUAUGUAAACCUCUGCAAUAUCCAACUAUCAUGAGAAAAACCACUGUGAGUAUUUUGCUGCUUUUAGCUUGGAUUGUAUCUGCUUUACAUAUUUCAGUCGUUGCAAUAGCGAGUGCUGAAGCUAAACUGUGUAACUUUACUUUAAAUGGAAUAUUUUGCAACAAUUCAAUUUACCAGCUUCAAUGUGUGAGAUCAAGAUUCAUUACUAUAUUUGGUGUGGUCAAUUUAUUAGAUCUUGCACUCCUCCCUAUGCUCUUCAUAAUUUUCACAUAUACAAAGAUAUUUAUAAUAUCCUAUCGAAGUUGUAGAGAAGUCAGGAAAAAAGCUGUAGAGACCUGUUUACCUCACCUGUUGGUUUUAAUCACUUUCUCCUGUUUUUCUGUAUAUGAUGUCAGUAUAGCUCGAGUGGAAUCCAUCUUUCCAAAAACUGCUCGUUUAAUAAUGACGCUACAAUCAAUAGUUUAUCCUUCUUUGUUUAAUCCACUGAUAUACGGACUGAAAAUGAGAGAAAUUUCCAAACACCUCAGAAGGUUGUUGUGUUCAGCCAAACUCAUCUGA